AUGGCAGCAAUAUUAAUAAUGGUUGUGACCCUUGCAAUAAUUAUAGGCCUAGUCUUAGUUCUACUUGUUGAAUUCUUCUGUUCCCUCUUACUUCGUCGGCACCAACGGUCAAAAACGGUUAUAAAUUUCGCGUCAGUUUCCACCACACAACCACCACCAGAGUGUCAUGAGCAAGAACAAUCUAUUGCUCCAACAACUCUUAGUAGCUUUUAUGCACAAGGGGUUCUUCAUGCUCCAAGAAAUUACCUCUUCCCUAUAAUUUCCACUAAAGAUCACAACUUUGAUGAUCUUGAAAUAGUCCAUGAAAAUAUUCCAUACCCUAAAUUAGUCCAUGAAGUACCACCACUUCAAUGUAGCACUAGUACUAUGGAGGAACAAUUUGUUUACAUAUCAAAUCCAAUUUAUGAUAACGAAAAAAUGGGUCUUGAUACCCCUUUUGAAACACCUAAUUCAUCGCCCUCUUGUCUCGAAAUAAUUUGUAAUUCUUCAGAGGAAGAUGAAAAUUAUGGAAGAUCAUCAAUUUCUAGUCCAUCUUCAGUACCGUUAACUCCAAUGAAGGAACUUCCAGCUGAGGCAUGUUCAAUUUCACUAAGAGAUGCUAGAUUACUUGGUACUUCAGGAAGUGACUCUAUUAAUAGUAACAACUCUUCUUCUUCAUCUGGAUCUCCAUGUACUUCUCCUUCUUGGUGA